UAUUAUAAUAAUACAGACUCAGAUGAAAUGAAUACUCCAGUAUUAAAUGGAAAUGAGGGAACACAGAACAGACAAGAAUCAUCCGAUCAACAGCCAUCUUCUAUAGCAGAAGCAAUGAUGUUAGAUACAGAAGCAACUGUUAUAGCGAAUUUUGAAUUUUUGGGACAUACAGACAUGGACAUGGAAGAGGAAGAAGGAGAUGGAGACGAUGAAAUUUAUGAUGCAAAUACAGAUACCAAACCAAAUAAAGCAUCUAUCUUCCUUCUAGCGGAAGAUGUUGAUACAGAUGCAGAGGCAGAAGUAUUAAAUGAAUUAAAUUUCCUCACAGAAAUUGAAGAAUCGCCACCUGGUUCUAUCCAUCUGGAAAUGAAUUCUUCAAAGGGUAGUUAGUUUAUUACAUAGAGGAUUACAACAAGAUCCAAGACGCCCAAAUAAUAAAGAAGGCCGUGACUCC